AUGGCGUCGGAGGAGGUGUUCGAGGACUGUUGCAGCUCAGCCGACGAGCUCGGAGUGUCCGCACCUCUGGACAAACGAGUGACGUCCCCCGGCGGGGCCGCCGAAGAGGCGGCGGUGCUCGUCACCGCGGACGGUGCGAGCGUCGACGAGGUGCGCGACUCGUCGGCGUCGGAGGGAGAGCGCGACGCCGGCGACCGGUCGGCGCACGGCGACUGGCACGUUCUGAAGAACACCACGCCUCCUGGUGACGCCGCCUCGUCCGACGAAGGCGACGCCUCAGAGUCCGACUCGGCCAGCCCCGCCGACCUCAAGGCCGAGGGCAACCGGCUGUACGCGGCUGAGGGGUACGACGCGGCACGUGAGCGGUACACGGCAGCGCUGCGGCUGUGCCCGCUGGCGGCCUGCCGCGAGCGGGCCGUGCUCUUCUCCAACCGCGCCGCCCGCGCGCUGGAGUUGGACGCCGAGUACGCGCGGCCGCUGCAGCGCCGCGCCGAGCUGCGCGAGCGCUCCGAGAAGCUGGAUGAGGCGCUGGAGGACUGGAAGCGGCUGCUGACGCUGCAGCCUGGCCAUGCCGAGGCGCGUCGUGCCACCGCUCGCCUGCCGGCGCAAAUCGCAGAGCGCAACGAACGGCUCAAGGACGAGAUGCUCGGCAAGCUCAAGGAUCUGGGCAACAUGCUGCUUCGGCCGUUCAACCUCUCCACGAAUAACUUCCAAAUGGAGGAGAACGAGGCGGGCGGGUACUCGGUCAAGUUCAACCCCACGUGAGGGGGGG